AUGUAUUUGCAAAUGAUGCUUGCUGGAGAGACCUUUACCUCUCUUGACACCCUGUACGGGAAAGCUGCCCAUCUGUAUGGUCCGCAGCAAAGGAGAAAUGGAGUUGGUGAAAAGAGGAAGGAUGUUGGUAACCAAAAUCAAGGUGGUGGCCAAAAAAAUCAGGGAAACUUUAAGAAGAACAAAGGGAAUAAUCACUUCCAGAUUAAGGGAAAUCAUGGUGGAAACAGAAACAAUUUCCACAACAACAAUGGGAAUAAGAACCAAUCUGCAGGGAAUGGAACGAGAGUCUAUGAGUGUAGACGUUGCCAUAAUAAUCACCCAGGACAGGACUGUAAUGGAAACCCAGUUGUUUGUAGGUUCUGUGAGAAACUAGGCCAUAGAGAAUUUGAGUGUUGGGCCAAGAAUGGGAAACCCAUCCAAGGCAACCGCUAG